AUGAAAUGUGUACGAGUGGAAAUGAAUAUUGAAAGUUCUCUUCGCCGAGAUAUAUGUGACGUUUUAAGUAGAAGUCAUAUGGAGGGAAGUAUGCAUAAAGAUGGAAUUCCUCUUUUAGAUUUUGUAAAAGUUAUGCGUAUGCCACAUGAAGAUAAAGAACAAGAAGAAGAGCAAAAAGCUCGAACUGCUUAUGAUUUGAUACGUAUGCGGUUGGAAAGAUUGCAGAAAAAUAUUGAAAAACCUGUUUCCAUACCACAACGACGAGAUGGUCGAAAGCCACGGCCGCCACCUGAUUUCGUCCGUAAUGUUGUUGGUUCAUCAGCCGCGGCCGGGAGUGCGGAAUUUCAUAUUUUCCGGAAUAAUCGAAAACGAGAAAUGGAUCGGUUGGAUUAUAUGCAUAAUAAAGCUUUACAAGAAGAGCUGGAUGAGAAAUUUUUGGCUGAAAAAAGAAGACGAGUGGAGGAGGAAGAAAGAAAAACAGCUAGAAAACGGUUAAAAAGACAGCGUUACAAAAAAAAGAUGAAAAGCCUUAAAAAGAAGAAGGAAGAGGAAGAUACGGAAGAUGAAACCAAUGAAAAUGAUUUGGAGUCGAGCACAACUGUGGAAAGUAUUGAUGAGAAAUCGGUUACAAAAGAGGAGGAUAACGAAGUAGUGCAAGCUAAUGGGAGUUUUGAGAUACAAGAAGCUACACCAGAAAAGCAAAAUGUAACAGAAGCAAAAAUGGAGCAAAAAAACAAAAGCGAUCCGAGCUCAUCAGUAAAUAAUGCCCCAGAAAAACUUGUAAAGCCGAGAAAAGAGGAUAUGUGA